AUGUCUAUCAAGGGCGGACUACCUUUAACCAAUAUUCUAGCUAUCUCAUUGCUGAUUAUUUCGGGCCACAAACCGGGGUCGGAUGGAAUUAUAUCGACGCUAGCCUUAUUAAAGCCUUCAUCAAAAGUGUCACAUGCAGCAGGUAUUUCGGUAGCUGAUAUUACCGAACUUCUUACACAAGCUGAAUUAACUGAAGUGGAUUGUUCAAGUGCUAUAGACGAGGAUGGUGUCAUCACUUCAUCGGGCUCUGCAUCAGUAGAAGCUGUUUUGCUGCUACAACCGCCGCCACUUGUUACAGGACCUGAUGUUACCGUAGACGCCUCUGUUGGAAUUUCAGAUGGUCCACUCACGGUUGCUGAUAUUAUGGAUUCUGAGAUUCGGUCGCAUCGAUAG